AAAAAAAAAAAAAAAGACUCGUCGUUGCAGAUAUCCACAUCUACCCUUACCUUCACCGUACGGAUCACACACCAGGCGUGCUGCGUGUAUCCGUCCAGAUUCACUGUCUUCUUCUCCUUCUCACUCUUCCACAGCUCUGUCCCAAUCUCCACCCCGUCAAACCCGCCUUCCCUCUCCGCUUGUGGAACAGACGAUUCGCGCCAACGUCCACGGGUCGGGGGGGUAGAGUCUCCACCGAUGCGUGCUUUGGAGGCGCUGCAGACGCUACAGAUACCACGGACUUGCUGCAGCUCCAGGGUUCACCUUUGCAAGAAAUGCGUCCAACUUGUCAAGGCAAGGCAAGGGCCCUGCAUGUACGAAGUAGCGUACUGAGUAGUGUAUGAUGUGGGCGGUGUCUUGGUGGCAGGUGCUUCGGGCUGCCUGAUGCCGACCCGACGAGGCAGAAGCAACCUCAUCCUCGCCCAUCUUUCUGUUUUUCUUCCGGGUCUCUCACACCUUCUUGUCUCUGCUGGCCCUCCGCUGGCCCGUGUCCCCCGUUCCCAAUGCCCAACGGCAGCCCCGAUCAUGCUUCUCCUUGUAGAAGGGCCGUUCAUCGCUUUUAUUCCGGAGAUUUGGUCUGGGCCUCCUCAUCUGGCCACGGCAAUGAUGUUCAUGCGUAAAGAGUUGGGUAGCUCUCUCUUAAGGUACCUAUGCUGGACUGCGUUUUGCACAAUGUUAGCCAUGCCAGAAAGCAUUACUCCAUACAGGAAAGAGCUCAGCAUAGUCAAAAGAAAGCCUCGCUUCGCUUAGAGGUACACGCGCAAUGCUAUCCGCACUUGCGGGUACAGCGUAUCUCUGGAGUCUGUGAUUGCCCAGGGGAGCUACGAAUGGAGAGAGUGACAGAGUUAGGUACACCACUUGGGGCCCCUACCCGUUAGCUGGGAUGUCAACGUGACGACCAGCGGGGAUCCAAGCAGCGGGCAGACGUUGACCGAGGUCAGGACCACGGCCGACCAGUAAGCGGAGUCGAGAAUGAACCAGGGGUCCAGCUCCGCUAUAUUGCGGGAGGAGGAUGAGGAGGAGUGAGAUGGGCGAAUGCAAGCAACCGAGUAGCAGAACCACCACGCCGCAGCAAGGCAAGACGCAAGACAUGCGAGCAACAAGAAGCCUUUCG